GAAACUCACAAAAAGCAACAUAUUGUUCCCGCCUUUUGCUCCAAGUGUUGACACAUGUUUGCGCGGGAAAACACUGGCAGCUUUGACACUUUAUAAGUUUUCAUGUUGUCUUCCUGUUGGUGUCAAAAAUGGCAGCAAAAGAAAGUCGAAAAAGAUCGAGAUCUACUCUCCAAUUUGAAGAUAACGAGGAGAAACUCUCCUUACUUCGCGCCAGAAUAGCGGAAUCGAAAAAAUUACUGGGCGAAUGCAAUAAUUAUUCAUGGAUUCCGAAGCUUAUAGAUUUUUACGACUCCCAUCGUGAGAAAAAGAGUGAUGCCGGUCGGCCGGAUACGUCUGGGACAAUAGAUGUAAAACUUCCAGUUAUAGCUCCACCUUCUCCUUCCUCUGGUCAUGAGCCUUCAAAAGUAGAAAUCCACACAGCUCUGGAGGACGACGACGGAAAGUACUUUAUCGCUUGUAAAGCUACAAUUCGUAGCCUGGUGAAGGGCUUGACGGGGUCCAAAGGAUGCUGUUCUGUUUGUGGUGGGUUUUUACUUCUUGAUAGCUUCCAGAUGGAAAGAAGAGGGCAUUGUGGCCGUAUUAGUUUCACAUGCGAAAACAACCACGAAACUGUCUGGUUUAGUUCGCCAAUCUUGAAGUCCAAAUACGUUGCAAACCUCAGAGUAAUUCAUGGAUUCAUGAGCUCUGGGCUAACUGAAACACAAUAUCGUGGUUUCACCGAAGCAGCUUCUCUUGGCUCAGUUGAACAUACAUAUUUAGAUUCAGUUUUCAAUAAAUUGGGUUAUCUUUCUGCUGUACAAUCUGUAUAUGAGGAUGGCAUAAAAUCUGUWAUAGAAGAUAUUCAAAAAGAACAGGCAUAUGUUGACAAUGAUGGUGAUAUUAUAAUAACUGAUGCCAGACAUGAUUCCUCCAGAAAUGCCCAACAUACUACAGUUACAGCUAUGUCAUAUUAUACCAACAAGAUCAUACUAACCAUCAACUGGUCAAAACAAGAGUCCAGUACAGCAGCUUCACGGGAAGUGCCCAUGACAAAACUUUUAAUUGAUAAAAUUGAAGAAAUGGGUAUGGAAAAUGAUAUUGACUUACUAUGA